GCGUGAAACAGCUUUAAUGCAUUCAGUUUUUGAUUAUGAUCAAGAUUUCUUUUUUAUAAUAUCAUAACCAAAGUAUGAGGUAAUACAGGAGAUAUGAUUUUCUCUCCAAUAUUCAUUAUCAUAUUUAAAUGCGCCUUAUUUAAUGUGGAAGCACGUUAUAACAGAGAUGUUGUAUGCAUCUUGGAAAAGGAUGAAUCCCCGAUAUGCAAAACUGUUGACAAUCCAAAACGUCGUAGCAAUAUAAACGACAAUCUGCCGUAUCACGAACCCUAUCUGCCAAAUGUAAGAAAUUCAAUCUUUUACAACUGUUCGAAACUGGAAUGUAACACUGUUAAAGUACACUCGCUAACACAAGUAGCGUCACCUCUGCCGACGCUGAAAUACUGCUACUUAGAAACCACAGAGAAAUAUAAAUGCGAACCAUUAAAAUAUUACCAUUUUAAAAACAUCGAUAAGCUUUUAUUUUUAAAUAACAAUAUUCCGCAUAAAUCAUUCUAUUUAAUAGAUUGUUUAGCGUACGCAGAUGGUGGGCGUUUAUGCGUUAGGAAGGACGAAGUUGAUUCACAUACCAAAUUGGUAGAUAUUGGUAACGUGAUGAGGCCGAACGAAACAAACGUAUUGUCACAGGAAGAAUUUCUGUGCGAGGAGUCUAAGUUUAAGAUGAUCAACUGUGAUCGUGAUCUUUACGUGCCCUAUCAGGACGGCUUAAGAGACAAGGAACGUAUUAAAUUAGAUGAUAAAAUUCUUGUGAAAAUAGAUUACGAAGUGAUUACCUUGAAUCAUAACUGCAUUGACACUUGGUGUGGAUACAGCGGACAAAUAAGAUCCACGCGAAGAUAUCAACCAUCUGGAGGAAAAAUUUUCAGAUGCUUCUACGCUAAUAGACAGCAGGUUUGCAAAGAAAUUGAAAGCAGUUACUACAAUGAACGUGAUUGGUUAAUACGAUAACAUAAAUUAUAAUGUCAAUAAUAAACUAUAUAAAUAACAAACCAA